GAUCCCUCUGAAAUGAUAUCCAUUCAUCAGCUUUUCGAUCAUUGAUUUGUUCUGCUAAGUUGAUUAGAAUUUCUUAUUUGAAUCUAAGAGGUUUUGGUAAUGCGAAUCUCGCCGGAGUCUACGCGAUGAGUGGACAGUCUGUGGUGGAGCCGCCUGUCUCAAACCGGCAGCAUCAAUUGUUGACGGAGAAAUCGAUGAGGGAGUGCGCGGGGAGCACGGCGGCGUGCGCGAUGGUCUGCUGUUGCUGCAGCCCUUGCGUCGUUAUGCAUUUCGUCGUGCUGGCGGUUUACAAGCUCCCGACGGGGCUUUUCCGGAAAGCGUGGAGGAAAAAUAAGAAAAAGCGGAUGAUGAGGAAGACAACGGCGAAGCAGAUUGCGUCGUCGACGGAAGAGGCUGAAGAGAAAGAGGUCUCUCUGUCUCGGACCGGAAAAGGACCGGCGACGACUGAUGAAGAACUACGGCGGUGCGAAUUUGACGAGGAGAGGGAGGAGAAGAAGGACGGCAGCCGCUGCUGGGACGCCGACGACGGCUUCGAUUCGGAUGUGUGGGACCAAUUCCGGGAAGGCGGGUUCUGGCGGAGCCCAUUGGACGGCGACAGCGAGGACUGAAUGAUUGUGCGUUGAAUGUGACGUUUCCUACUUUCGGUUAUCCGAAUUCCAGAUUCUUCCGGUGCACUUUCCAUUCUGGCGCAACAAAAGUGGAAUAUUGUU